ACAACUUUAUAUGGCUCGUGUCUGACAACAUGCACCACCAGUGGCUGCUGCUAGCUGCAUGCUUUUGGGUGAUAUUCAUGUUCAUGGUUGCUAGCAAGUUUAUCACGUUGACUUUUAAAGACCCAGAUGGCUACAGUGCCAAGCAAGAGCCAUUGAUACUGACAGCUGUGACAAAAGUGGAGGAGGUACAUGUGCCAGCACAAAAACAUUGGCCUGAAGAAUUCCAGCCAACGGGAAAAGCUUUUUCUGGAAACCUGAUCCACCAAGCCCUGGUUCAUAUGGAAAGACUUGAGCUUCUCAGGAAUGUCUGCAGAGACACUGCAUUGAGAAAUCUCUCUCACACUGCAGUUUCCAAAUUCGUCUUGGACCGAAUAUUUGUGUGUGACAAGCACAAGAUCCUGUUUUGUCAGACGCCAAAAGUGGGCAACACUCAGUGGAAAAAAGUCUUGAUCGUUUUAAAUGGAGCAUUUUCUUCCAUAGAAGAGAUCCCAGAAAAUAUAGUACAUGAUCAUGAGAAGAACGGCCUUCCACGCUUGUCCUCCUUCAGUGACUCUGAAAUUAAGAAACGACUGAAUUUAUACUUCAAGUUUUUUAUUGUUAGAGAUCCAUUUGAAAGACUCAUUUCUGCAUUUAAGGACAAGUUUGUGCACAACCCUCGUUUUGAACCGUGGUACCGGCACGAGAUCGCUCCCGGCAUCAUUCGCAAGUACCGCAGGAACCGCACGGAGACCAGGGGGCUGCAGUUCGAGGACUUUGUGCGCUACCUGGGGGACCCAAACCACCGCUGGCUGGACCUCCAGUUCGGCGACCACAUCAUUCACUGGGUAACGUACGUGGAACUCUGUGCCCCCUGUGAGAUCCCCUACAGCGUGAUCGGACACCACGAGACCCUGGAGGACGACGCCCCGUUUAUCCUGAAAGCAGCCGGCAUCGACCACCUGGUGUCGUACCCGACGAUUCCGCCGGGCAUAACCGUGUACAACAGAACAAAAGUGGAGAGAUACUUUUCGGGCGUUAGCAAGAGGGACAUCAGGCGCCUCUACGCACGGUUUGAGGGGGAUUUCAAACUCUUUGGUUAUCGGGAGCCAGAUUUCCU